AUGAGCCCCAAGAAGGCCGCCGCCGCUCGGAAGAGGGCCCCGCUGGCCGCCGCACCUGGGAAGCCAGGCCCCCAAGGGGGUGGGCAGCAAGCGGCGCAGACCGGCAGCCAGGCCCCCCCCUCCUCCGGGGGCCCAGAAGACCCCCGCCGCCGCGACAGCCCCCGCUCUGCAGGUGAGCAGCUUCAGCAGCAGGAGGGGAGGGGCGCCCUCGGAGACACGGGGGCGGGGGCGCUGGGGGGAUGGCCCGUGAUGGCGGUGCAGUGCGGAGAGAGAAGUGGGGCGAAGAGGGCAAGGACGCAGGAUCAGCCCUGGCUAGUAUUUGUACGGGAGACCACGGGGGAGUUUCCGAGUCGCUGUGCAGAGGAAGGCACUGUGCUGGAGUCCUGUGUGCUGUCUGGAGCCCCCCACCCCACCUGUAUUGCAGAGCAGAACAGCGAUCAGAAGGCUGCCCUGACUCUGCAGUGUGCCUUCCGCUGCCUCCUGGCACGUCGUGAGAGGGCAAAGAGGCUGAAGGAGCAGCAUGAGUACCGGGAGUUAAUGGACCGCCUCGAGAGAGAAGCCUUUGUUGCCCUGGUGAAGAGGGAGCAGGAAGAAGCUGAGCGGGAGCGAAAGAAAGAGGAAGAAGAGAAAAAAAAGCUGCGGGAGGAGCAGCAGAGGAAGAAGCGGAUGUUGGAGGCAGCCUUUGACGGUGACGUGGAAGAGAUGAAGGCGGUCCUCCAAGAGGUGGCAAAUCUGAACACUAAGAGUGGUGUUGGAGCCAACGAGAAGGAGAAGACCAGGUGGCUCCAGAACCUCAUCAACAUGGUGGAGUGCACAGAUGCCAACGGCAACACUCCGCUCUCUGAAGCUUCGGGAGGAGGCCAUCCCUUGGCCAUUCAGAUGCUGAUAGAAAAUGGAGCCAAUCCAAACAGUCGGGGUGCCUUUAACCGGACUCCCCUGUAUCGUGCUGCUUUUGGAGGGCACGUAGCAGCAGUGGAAGUUCUUCUGCAGCAUGGGGCAGACCCCCGACUUUAUGCGGAUGAUGGCAACACCCCAGAGCAGGUUGCCUCUCUGGACAGUUUGGUGGCCAUCCUGAACUCCUGGGAUCUCAGCCUGACAGACUCAAUGCUCCAGAAGAUGGAGGCAGAACAGCAGCGGAGGACAGAUCUGGAAAAGAAGCAGAAAGAAGCAGAGACACACCAGAUGGCCGGGGAGGUGGAGCAGCUGGCCAAGGAGCAUGAGAGGUGCAACAAAAAGCUGCAGCAGGCCUACUGCGAGCUGAACCGGCGCAUAACUGAGCACGACAAAUGCCAGCGGAAGCAGAUGGGCAACGCCGAGAUCACUCUUCACGCCAUUGCGGAUGCGGAAGGGCUGGUGCAGAAACUUCAGGGGGAAAUUGAGAGUGCUGCGGAGAAGCUGUCCCUGGCCCGGCUCAAACUGCGGGAACAGUUGCAGGGAGGGGCAGGGGCUGAGUUUCAGGGCCUGAAGUGCUCUGUGCAGGAGCUGGAUGACGUCCUCUUCAAAGAUGUGGGUGGAAAAAUCCAUUCUGAUGGGCGGUGGCCUCUUGUGAUCGAUCCCUCUGGCCAAGCAGCCAUUUUCUUACGCUAUCGUGACACCAAUUACCUGAAUGCUGUGAAUCCCAGCGACAUGAGCGUGGACACCGUCCGCCUGGCGCUGCUGGGGGCCAUUCGGUAUGGAAAGCCCCUGGUCUUCGACAUGAUGGAGGUGAACAUGUUUGACACAGUGAAGAAGCAGCUGGACCGCCUGGAGCCAGGGCUGGCGGAGGCGGUGCUGGACGGGACGGUUCUCCAGAAUGAGCGGUACCUGUCCCUGCUAAGACCGACGGAUGGCCCAGAAUAUGCAGACACCGAAUUCCAGGCCACUCGGACAGAGAAGUUCAGGCUCUUCGUUGUCACCAAACAACGCCACCCUCCUGAGGAGCUCCUGCGGAUUCUUCUCCCCAUCCAAGUCGUUCUGCCCAGGAGCAGUCGGUAGGCGCUGUCCGCAUUCAUCCCCAUUAAAGCCCCCCACGUUCUUGCCA